UCCCCCUCUCUCUCUUUCUCUCUUUCCCUCCCUCCCUCUCUCAUUCGCCCUCUCUCUUCCAUUCCCAGAGUGCAUAUCGGGAAUAGACACACAAAGACAUGCGCACUCAACUUAAUCAGCCAUUUUUUUAAACAGGGCUAAAACGAUAAUAAUUAGCAGAAUAAAGACAUAUCGGAUUUUCAUUUCCCUUCCGCCGUUUCUCUACCCCUCCACAACCGAAAUUGCGAGGCUGCAGUCGACACAUCUUCCACCGAUCGGACCCAAAGGAUAGCUUUCACACCGCCUGUCAUUUGUAUAUUUUUUCCAAUAAAGUUGGGAGGAUUAUCAAUUUUUCCCGUUUUUAAAUUUUUGUGUUAUCAUAUUUCGCAACCAUUGGAUGUGACUGUUUUCAAACCAAAAGCAAGAGGCGUAGGGGAGCGAACUGCGGGGCGAAGAAAGUCCCUGUUUGAUUGGAUGAGAUGAGAUCCCCAUGUAAAGGUCGCCAUGGCAACCUGUGACUCCCCUUCUUUCGUCUUGCGGCAGGAAAAUGGCCAUAAGCUGUCGUCGCUGCCAGCAGGGCCGUGUGACGCAGAGGAGACCGAGAGAUACCGAACUGCUGCUGCCGCUGGGAUGGAUCCCACCGCUGAUACCAAUGACACUGUCGCAGCGCCAGAGAACAGCCCUGCUACCCUCCAUAAUGCCACAGACACCGGCAGCCCGCUGAGGACGGAGCAGCAGACCCGGAUAGAAAGCUUUACCGGAAACGGAACUGUUACCGGAACCGGGACUGUUGUAUCGGGUUUGGACCAUGUCCACACUUCUGCUUCGCUGGUGGCCACAGCAAAGGAGAUCCCCUGUAAUGAAUGUUCCACCUCCUUCUCCAGUUUACAGCAGUACAUGGAGCACCAUUGCCCCAACGCUCGCAUGCCUAACACAGUAGGGCGGGAAGAAGAGGAGGAGGAGGGCGAGAGUGAGGGAGAUGGGGAGCCUGAUGGAGUGGCAGAGGUGUGUGAGAGAGACAGCGAGAUGGACGAGUUAGAAGAUAGUGACGUGGAGAACCUGUGCGGUGAGAUCGUCUACCAGCCAGACGGAUCUGCCUUCAUCCUGGAGGACUCCAAAGAGCAUCGCGGUGACGGCGCCAGGGGCCUUCUGUCACCCCAAAACUUCCCCCCUAACCCCCAGAAUCCCACCGCUGCCACCAAUAAAUCCCAAAGCGGUUUGACCACCCAUGGGGGGAAUCGGGACAGGGCGGAGUUGCCUGCGGCUGCACCCAUAUCCUUCUACCCACAGGUCAUCAACACUUUCCACAUUGCGUCAUCCCUCGGGAAAGCAUUCCCGGCCGACCCGGCGGCGACAUCGUCGUUCCCAAAUACCUCAGCGUUCGCAGGCGCCGGCAGCCCGGUGUUGCACAGUUUCCGUGUCUACGACCUUCGCCACAAGAGCGACAAAGACUAUUUGACGGUCGACGGCGCAGCCAAAAACUCCUGUGUGUCCAAAGAUGUCCCCAACAAUGUGGACUUGUCCAAGUUCCAGGGCUGCGUGAGCGACGGACAGAGGAAGCCUGUGCUGAUGUGUUUCCUCUGCAAGCUGUCGUUUGGCUAUAGCCGGUCGUUUGUGACGCACGCCGUCCAUGACCACCGGAUGACGCUCAACGAGCAGGAACAGAAGCUCCUGAGCAACAAGCACGUCUCUGCCAUUAUCCAGGGGAUCGGCAAGGACAAAGAACCUCUUAUAAGCUUUUUGGAACCAAAAAAAUCCUCUAACUCUGUGCUACCCCACUUUCCUACCGCCGCUAACUUCCUAGGUCCCGACCCGGGGUUCCGCGGCCUGUGGAACACGUUCCACGCUGAGAACGCUGAUUCCCUCCAGGCUGGAUUUGCUUUCCUGAAAGGGAGCGCAAGCUCGAAUCCCGCCGACCAAACCCCCAGAACCCCACCCAUGCCAAAGGCCGAGACCAAUCCAAACAUUGGGGGUGUGACCGGCGCCUCCAUCAGAACGCCCACCAGUUCUGCGUCCCUCCUUCGCUCAUCUCCCAUGGCGACAGGCCGGGAGCGGGAUUCUUCAGAGAGCGACUGCGAGGGCCGUGCUCCACGGACCUUGCAUCCCAAUGGACAGCGGUUGGACCUGAACCCGUACCCGCUGAUCAAACACGAGCCGGGCGCAGAAGGAGGAGAGAGUCCAGAAGAAGACAUGGAGGACAUUUACUCCAACGGAGGGGUAGAAAUGGAGACGGAGGAGGAUGAACGGGUGGGCGACAGCACCAGUAGCAAAGAUUUCCCUCUUUUAAACCAAAGUAUUUCCCCCUUGUCCAACAGCGUGCUGAAGUACAGCGACAACAAAGAUCCCUCACCCUCCUCUUCCUCCUCCCGUGAGGAGAUGGAGAAGAAUCAGCUGAACUCAGCCCCAGCCAGAGAUAGAGAUAGCAGUAACGACUCAACCAGUGAAGCCCUGGGUGGUCCAGAUGGAUUUUCCCCCUCCUCUCACCUGAUGAUGCCACGAGACGACGAGAGUCCGGGACCCCUGCAUCAGCACGGGGGAAACCCCGGAACCCCUGGCACACCGGGUACUCCUGGAACCCCCGGACUGGCCGAGGGGUCCCCAGGCAGUGGUGUAGAGUGCCCCAAAUGUGACACGGUCUUAGGGUCCUCCCGAUCCUUAGGUGGACACAUGACCAUGAUGCACUCUCGUAACUCCUGCAAGACACUGAAGUGUCCCAAGUGUAACUGGCACUACAAGUACCAGCAGACACUGGACGCCCACAUGAAGGAGAAGCACCCAGAGUCUGGAGGGUCCUGUGUGUACUGCCGUACCGGGCAGGCUCACCCACGCCUGGCCCGGGGAGAGAGUUACACAUGUGGAUACAAGCCCUUCCGCUGUGAGGUGUGUAACUACUCCACCACGACCAAGGGCAACCUGAGCAUCCACAUGCAGUCGGACAAGCAUCUGAACAAUGUUCAGACACUGCAGAAUGGGGGCACUGAACAGCAGUACAACCACAACCACACCCACACCCACAGCCAUACCCACACCCCCUGCCACAGCCAUGCCAACCCUGUGCCCAGCGCCAGCCUGGGGGGAGGCUGUGGUACCCCGUCACCCUCCAAGCCCAAACAGAAGCCCACGUGGCGUUGUGAGGUGUGUGACUACGAGACCAACGUGGCGAGGAACCUGCGCAUCCACAUGACCAGCGAGAAACACAUGCACAACAUGAUGCUGCUGCAACAGAACAUGAAGCAGAUUCAACACGGUCUGCACCUGGGUCUGGCCCCGGCCGAGGCUGAGCUCUACCAGUACUACCUGGCUCAGAACAUCAGCCUGACCGGGGUCAAGCUGGAGAGCCCUGGCCCAGAAGCCCAGAUGAUUAACCCCUUCCAGCUGGACCCCAAUACGUCCUCUGUACUCGGCUCUGGGCUAGUGAAUAAUGACUUGUCUGCGGAGCUGCGUCUAGCCAGUGGUCAGCUGAUGGCUGAUGACCUGUCUGUCCUCUCCGGCGGCAGGGGCGCUGGAGGCAGUGGUGAGCUCUCUCCGCCCAUCAGCGACCCGUCGCUCCGUCUCUACCAGUGUUCUGUCUGCAGUCGCUUCACCUCCGAUAGCCUGGAGGCGCUGGGCGCCCACGUCAACGCAGAACGCACCCUGCCCGAGGAUGAGUGGCGUGGCAUUGUGGGAGAUGUGUACCAGUGCAAGCUGUGCACCUACAACACCCAGCUCAAGGCCAACUUCCAGCUGCACUGUAAGACAGACAAACACAUGCAGAAACAGCAGCUGGUGGCGCACAUCAAGGAAGGCGGGAAAGGCAACCAGUGGAGGUUAAAGUGCGUCGCCAUCGGCAACCCUGUGCACCUGAAGUGCAACGCGUGCGACUACUACAGCAACAGCGUGGAUAAACUGCGGCUGCACGCCACCAACCAGCGACACGAGGCUGCCAUUAGGCUGUACAAGCACUUGCAGAAGCAGGAGAGUGCGUGCAGCGGUGAACAGUGUGUGUACUACUGUGCCCUGUGUGACUACUCCACCAAGGCCUGUCUGAACCUGGUGCAGCACGCUCGCUCCCCCCGCCACCAGCAGAACGAGGGUCUGAGGAAGCUACAGCUCCACCAGCAGGGACUGGGAGGAGAGGAAGAUGGCCUGAAUCUACACCAACUCUACCACGUCAAAGAUUGCCCUCAACAACAAGAAGAGCCAUGUGAUGAUGAAGCCCCCCUUCCUCCCCGCUCUUCCUCCAGGCCUGGCCUCAACGACAGAGAGCUGGCUGACAGAGAACACAGAGUGAACUCUCUGUCUAAAGAGUCUCCUGGAUCCAACGCUGUGGGAAAACGCUCCAUGCUGCCAGAGAGACAGAAUGACAGCCCGCCCAAAAGGCCCAAGUCUGCAGAGGGGAAGACCAGCGUUAGCGAGCAGCAGGCGCAGCAGUGCCCCUAUUGUAACUACAGCAGUAAAGACGCCAACAGGAUACAGCUCCACGUGGUGUCCCAGCAUUCCAUGCAGCAGCCAGUGAUCAGCUGCCCACUGUGCCAAGACGUCCUGAGCAACAAGAUCCACUUGCAGCUCCACCUCACACACCUGCACAGUGUGGCUCCAGACUGUGUUGAGAAACUGCUUAUGACCGUGGCUGGGCCUGAUGUGAUGGUGCCCAAUAACAUGAUGCAUCCUUCACCUGGACAAGACAACACUCUGUCUCUGAUGGAUGCUUCUGCUGUUCUCUCUGAGAAGUAUCGAAAGCCCACAGGGAACAGUUCCAAGGAGGAGUUGAACAGCACAGGCCAAGGCAAGAGUGAACUAGACCUCCAUGGAGAGGAACUCAAACCCCCCAAGGAUGGGUCUGAAGCCCCAGACUGGAAGAGGUCUGUUGUGGUCGGGCAGGAUCGAAAGAGCCCUGACUCCCUCCAGGACCAUCUGAACGACCUCCAGAGAUGCCAGCAGCAACAGCAACAGCUCUCGGUCUCUGACCGCCACGUCUACAAAUACCGCUGCAACCACUGCAGCCUGGCCUUCAAGACCAUGCAGAAGCUGCAGAUACAUUCCCAGUACCAUGCCAUCCGGGCGGCCACCAUGUGCAGCCUCUGCCAACGGAGCUUCCGGACAUUCUUGGCGCUCCGUAAGCACUUGGAGAACGGACAUCCGGAGCUGAGCGAAGCCGAGGUCCAGCAGCUCUGCGGCAGCCUGCCGGUAAACGGAGAUUUCCUCUCCGAGAGCGAGGCCAGGGCCUACGAGGAGGCCCAGCAGGCCUUCGAACAGGAAAUGGAGAAAGACGAUGAGCUGGAUCUGGAAGAGAAGGCCAGCCCAACAGGAAGUGACAGUAGCUCGUUGCUAGAUGACAUGGGAGCCGAAACUAAGCGAACCCUCCCCUUCAGGAAAGGCCCCAACUUCACCAUGGAGAAGUUCCUGGACCCGUCCCGGCCGUACAAGUGCACAGUGUGUAAGGAGUCCUUCACCCAGAAAAACAUCCUCCUGGUCCACUACAACUCUGUCUCUCACCUGCACAAGCUGAAGAAGGUUCUCCAGGAGGCCUCCAGCCCGGUUCCUGCAGAGACCAACAACAAUGUAGACAACAAACCAUUCAAAUGCAAUAUCUGCAAUGUCGCCUACAGCCAAAGCUCAACCCUGGAGAUCCACAUGAGGUCUGUGCUGCAUCAGACCAAAGCUAGAACUGCCAAAACAGAGACAAGCAGCAGCAGUAGCAGUGGAGGGAGUGGGAACACUAGUGGCGUGGCUCCAUCCAGCAGCCCAGCCCCAAACGUACAAGGCAACAACACUAACUCAGACACUGCUAGAAGCGUGACGCCGUCGGCUAACAAAGAAAACACUGUAGAUGCCAAAGAAGCCAAAAACAGCAGCAACAACGCAAAGCAAACUACUGAUCAUGUCUCUGCACAGCAAAGCCAUCAGAAUGCUCAGUCCCAAGCUCAACUACAGAUGCAGCUCCAACAUGAGCUCCAGCAGCAGGCUGCCUUUUUCCAGCCCCAGUUCCUUAACCCGGCUUUCUUCCCCCAGUUCGGCAUGACCCCAGAGGCUCUGCUUCAGUUCCAGCAGCCACAGUUCCUGUUCCCCUUCUACAUCCCAGGGGCAGAAUUCAACCUGAGCCCAGAGCUGGCUCUUCACUCAGCCGCCGCUUUUGGAAUGCCAGGAUUGACUGGUUCUUUCCUGGAAGACCUGAAGCAGCAGAUGCAGCAGCAACACCAGCUACAGCAGGCUCAGGCUCAGCAGCAGGCUCAACAGCAGGCUCAACAGCAGCAGCAACAGCAGCAACAAGCAUCCCAGUUGCAGCUCCAGCAGCAGAAAAACCAGCAACUGCAGAGCCACAAGCCCAAAAUGGAGCCCAAUGCUGUGUCAGUGUCUGACAUACAGAUGUCCAGAGAGGCAGAAGAGCAUCUGGAAAAACAGGAGAGCAAAACAAAGACGGAAAACGGAGGGGAGGGAGUCAGUGAGGGAGGAAAGGACAACAAAGACAAAAAGUCCAAGUUUCCCGAGCCACUGGUUCCUCCUCCACGUAUCGUGUCAGGAGCCAGAGGAAAUGCUGCCAAGGCCCUUCUGGAGAACUUUGGAUUUGAGCUGGUCAUCCAGUACAAUGAGAACAGGCAGAAAAACCAGAAGAAAAACAAAGAAGGAGAACAACAACAACAACCGCAAAAAGUGGAGAUCAAUAAUGACAAGCUGGAAUGUGGGAUAUGUGGAAAGCUCUUCUCCAACAUGCUCAUUCUCAAAAGCCACCAAGAGCACAUCCACGGACAGUUCUUCCCGUAUGGAGAGCUGGAGAAGUUUGCCCAGCAGUACAGAGAGGCCUAUGACAAGCUUUACCCCAUUAACCCCCCUUCCCCAGAGACUCCCCCACCUCCGCCUCCCCUCCCUCCUCCCCCACCAGCCCCAGUGACCACCCAGCAAGCUCCCUCCAACUCCAUGAACAAGCCCCAGACCCAGGCCCCAUCACCUGCCCCUCAACAGGCUACCCAACCCCAACCACCACCCCCACCUCCCCCUCCUCCACCACCCUCUGCACCCCCACAGGUUUCUCCCUCUUCCGUCCCACUAGAUUUCUCCCUUUUCCCCCCUCUGAUGAUGCAGUCCAUCCAGCACCAAGGCUUACACCCUCAACUCGCCCUGCAGCUGCCUACAAUGGACUCCCUGUCCUCUGAUCUCACCCAGCUCUGUCAGCAGCAGUUAGGCCUCGAUCCAAACUUCCUGAGGCAGUCUCAGUUCAAACGCCCCCGAACCCGCAUCACGGACGACCAGCUGAAGGUCCUCAGAGCGCACUUUGACAUCAACAACUCUCCCAAUGAGGAGCAGAUUCAAGAGAUGGCCGACAAGUCUGGCCUCCCCCAGAAAGUCAUCAAGCACUGGUUCCGUAACACCCUCUUCAAAGAGAGGCAACGAAGCAAAGAUUCUCCUUAUAACUUCAACAUUCCACCUAUUACCACAUUGGAGGAUAUUCGGCUGGAGUCCCAGUAUAGUACACUGGAGUACUACAGGACUGAUGCCACUAUGAACAAGAGGUCCUCCAGGACAAGGUUCACUGACUACCAACUGAGGGUCCUGCAGGACUUCUUUGACACAAACGCUUACCCGAAAGACGAUGAGAUUGAGCAGCUCUCCACUGUGCUUAACCUACCAUCGAGGGUCAUCGUUGUGUGGUUCCAAAACGCCCGCCAGAAGGCCCGGAAGAGCUACGAAAACCAGGCAGAUGCUAAAGACAACGAGAAGAAAGAACUGACGAAUGAGCGCUACAUCCGCACCAGCAACAUGCAGUACCAGUGCAAGAAAUGCAGUGUGGUGUUCCCGCGAAUCUUUGACCUGAUCACCCACCAGAAGAAGACGUGCUACAAGGACGAGGAUGAGGAAGGGAAUGAGGACAACCAAUCUGAAGAGUACAUGGAUAUGGGAGAGCCAGGCCCAGCCAAGCACCCAGAGUCAUCCAAGCAUCAUCAUGUAACAGCCACUAGCUCAGGCUCCAGCUCCCCUCUGAUGCCCUCCCCUCGCCCCAACCUGGGGAAGACCUCACCCAAGCCUGAACCUCCCUCUGAGCCCAGACCUAAAGAGCCAGAACCUGCCCCUUCCCCAGUUAUGAUGAAGUCUCUACCAGAGCCCAGACCCUCCAAGGCCUCCACCCCUCAGCCACCCCCUCAGAAGACCUCCCAGCCCCAGAUGUCCAGACCCCACUCCCAGCCUCAGUCAGCUGCCGUCCCCUCCAGCCCCCUCUCCCUCGCCCUCUCCUCCCUCACUAACAGCCUCCCUCCCCAGAUGCUCCAAUACCAGUGUGACCAGUGCAAGAUAGCCUUCCCAAGUGUUGAGCUAUGGCAGGAGCACCAGCAUAUGCAUUUCUUGGCUGCCCAGAACCAGUUCCUCCAUUCCCAGUUCUUGGAAAGGCCCAUGGACAUGCCCUAUAUGAUCUUUGACCCCAAUAAUCCUCUGAUGACUAGCCAGCUGCUAUCGGGAGGACUCCAGAUGCCAAUUCAAAGCGGUUCUGGUUUGUCCUCAGGUCCCGGCUCUGGCUCCAUGAAGAGAAAACUAGACGAGAAAGAGGAUGGAUCCAAUGAAAAAGAUAACGGAAACAUGACUGAAGAACAGCACAGAGACAAACGUCUCAGAACUACCAUCACCCCAGAACAACUAGAGAUCCUCUACGACAAAUACUUGCUGGACUCAAAUCCCACAAGGAAGAUGCUGGAUCACAUCGCCCGUGAGGUCGGCCUGAAGAAGAGAGUGGUGCAGGUGUGGUUUCAGAACACACGAGCCCGAGAGAGAAAGGGACAGUUCAGAGCUCUGGGGCCCUCCCAGUCACACAAGAAAUGCCCUUUUUGCCGGGCGCUGUUCAAGGCCAAGUCAGCUUUGGACAGCCAUAUCCGCUCUAGACACUGGCAUGAAGCCAAACAGGCAGGGUUUAGUCUGCCCAAUAGCCCACUGAUGAACCAAGACGAUGGAGGUGAGAGCCCACACAAGUACAACUUCUUUGAGUAUCCACAGCUACCCACCAAGACUGAGCCGAAUGAGUAUGAGCUGCCCGCAGCCUCCUCAACGCCAGUCAAACCAUCUGAGGCACCGUUAAAAAACUUAUUGAGCCCUUCAUCCUUAAAAGCAGAAAACUGUGAUGAAUCUGAAGGGCUUAACAUGAAUUCUGCAGAGGCCUCAUCCUACGACAUCAACAACAAAAUGGACUUUGACGAAACCUCGUCCAUCAACACGGCCAUAAGUGACGCCACCACCGGAGACGAGGGCAACAACGAGGUAGAGAGCCUCACGGCCAACGGAGGGGACAAGCUGGGAUGCGACAGCAAGAGCAACCAGGCCCAGAGCUCAGACGGGGGUGGCGACGACCGCUUCCCGUUCAGCAUGGUGAGCCCCUCCCUUAGCUACUCGGGCAAGGACGGAGACUCCUGCUCCUACUCCUACUCGUACUACAGCUCCAGAGAUGACGACAUGGACGACAACAACGACCAGAGCGAGACCUCCAGCCUGACCGACCCCAGCUCCCCCAGCCCCUUCGGAAGUGGAAACCCCUUCAGGUCUGGGAAGGGCAGCGGCAGUGGUGGGGAGAGACCAGGCCACAAGCGCUUCAGGACUCAGAUGAGCAACCUUCAGCUGAAAGUCCUCAAAGCUUGCUUUAGCGACUACCGCACACCAACCAUGCAUGAGUGUGAGAUGCUGGGCAGCGAGAUUGGCCUCCCGAAGCGUGUGAUUCAGGUGUGGUUCCAGAAUGCCCGCGCCAAGGAAAAGAAGUUCAAAAUCAACAUCGGAAAGCCAUUCAUGAUCAGUCAAGGUGGGCCGGAUGGGCCCCGGCCAGAGUGUACUUUGUGUGGUGUGAAGUACACUGCCCGGAUGUCCAUCCGUGACCACAUCUUCUCCAAACAGCACAUUGCUAAAGUGCAGGAGACUCUGGGCAACCAGGUGGACAGAGAGAAGGACUAUCUAACGCCCACCACGGUCCGUCAGCUGAUGGCUCAGCAGGAGAUGGAUCGUCUGAAAAAGGCUGGGAGCGACGGGUUCAGCAGCCUGGCCGCCCAGCAGCUUCAGACUGCAGUGGACCAGAACAAUGCACUUCACGGCCUCAGCCUGCCCUCAGGCUACCCCGGGAUCUCUGGACUUCCGCCGGUACUACUUCCUGGGGUCAACGGGCCGUCCUCACUUCCUGUUUACCCACCCAACACACCUGCUUUAGCGUCUCCCGGUGCUGGUAUGCUUGGGUUCCCCACCCCAGCCACCCCCUCUCCUGCCAUGUCUCUCAGCACUACCCCAACCAAGACUCUUCUGCAGACUCCUCCACCUCCUCCUCCUCCUCCUCCUCCACCUCCUCCUGUUUCCUCCAUUCCUCUGACUUCAACCAACCACAUUGAGCAGCACAGAAAAUACCAAGAGAGAGACAGCAACAACAGCAGCAGCAAGAAAUCAGUAGAGAAACCGCACCACCAGAAGAAGGCAAAGGAAAGAGAAGCGGAGAAUGGCGGCCGACCACAGACCCCCAACGUCAGCCACAACAAGAAGAGGGAAAAGCAGUCUCCAGCCGUGGGCAAACCAGGAAGUGAGGGCCAUCUGGAUGCCGCUCAACUACAGGCUCUUCAGAACGCCCUGGCCGGCGCCACAGACCCAAGCUCUUUCCUGGGAGGCCAGUUCCUGCCUUACUUCCUCCCGGGCUUCGCCAACAGCUUUUCGCCCCAGCUCCUUGGAGGAAUGCAGGCGGGGGGAUACUUCCCUCCGUUCGGCGGGAUGGAGAACCUAUUCCCAUACGGACCUGCUGCCAUCCCGCAGGCCGCCAUGGCGGGGAUGAAUCCCACUGCCCUCCUGCAGCAGUAUCAGCAGUACCAGCAGUCUCUCCAGGACUCCCUGCAGAAGCAGCAACAGCAGCAGCAGCUUGAGCAACAACAUCAGCAUCAUAAACAGCAGCAGCAGAAGCAGAAGCCAAUCCCUGUGAAGGUGUCUUCACCAUGUGUGCAGAGCAACUCCAACUCCUUCAAACCAAAAGAAUCUAUGGAUGACACCAACAACAACAAAGGCUCUUUAACAGAAAGCACAAAAGUAGAAUCGCCAACAGAAACCAAAAGUACCACAGACUUUCCUGACGCUUUCAUUGUUCCAUCUGUCAAGCACGAGUUCAUAUGCAGGAAGUGCCAUAAGGUAUUCAGCGAUGAGGGCUCCGCAGUGCAUCACCAGAAGUCAUUCUGCUACUUCGGAAACCCCUUUCCAGACCCGCAGGAGACAGUUCUUAGACAGGCAGUGAGCAAGUACACGUGCAUCGCCUGUAAUGUGGUGGUCAACGGGAAUGAAGCACUUGGCCAACACCUCCAGUCGAGCUUGCACAAAGAGAAAACAAUCAAACAAGCAAUGAGAAAUGCCAAAGAGCAUGCUAGAUUAUUACCUCACUCUGUCUGCACACCUACUCCUGUCAACACCACAUCUACCUCGCAGUCUGCAGCUCCUCCUUCUAAUAACACCUUUCCCCAUCUCUCUCGCUUAUCCAUCAAGUCCUGGCCAAAUAUCCUUUUCCAGGCCACCGCCCGGAAAGCUGCUUCUUCCUCCUCCUCCCCGUCUGCUUCUCCUCUUCCUCUUCCUCCCCUUUCCUUGCCUCUAAUGGUUACCUCAACGUCCUGCAGCAGCGUCUCAGGGGUUCCCACCUCCCUACCCAACAAGAAUUGUUCAGAUGAGUCUGACAACGAGCUAAGCCAGAAGCUGGAUGACUUAGAUAAGGUGUUGGAGGCCAAGGCUAAGCCAACCUCCGGCUUAGACGCAGGCUUCAGCAGUAUCAGAAUGGAUAUGUUCAGUGUGUAGGAGGUGAAAAACAGGAUCCCUUGCUUUAAAAAAAAUAAAAUAAAAAAACAAGACUUUUAAACUGCAGUUCCAAAGUUUCUCUAACCCAAAAAAUUACAGAACCAAAUGAUUGACUCAGGAUUGUUUUUCCCAUAUUGAUAUGCUGGCAAGAUAUUGAUAGAUUUUUGUUAUGGACAGAACUGUUGCAGAUGCUUGACUGAGCUUAUAUUGUAUACAAAAACACGGAGUAGAAAAAGAUCUCUCAGGCUCCCCCGUGGAGCUUGUUUCAAGCCAAAAACUCAUGAUAGCAAAUUGCACCUCAGCUGGAUUGUUUUCCAAAUGCUAGCAUGUACUGUAUGGGAUGACGAUCCAGAAAACCCUCAAAGAGAAUCUCUCUUAGUCUAGAUAGGUGUAAUUCAGUAGCUUUAAAUUCUCAGGUCAGAACAUAACAUUUCUCAUUUGUUAAAGCAGCAACGAGCCUGGGUACACUUGGCUUUUAACCAAAACAUGUCAAGCUUUAUCGGACGCAUUUCCUUGAUGUGUGUAGAGUACCAAGAGAGACAAUAUUACUGUUACAAUGGACAGCGUGCAUAUCCUUUUAGUUUCCACCCUACAAAGACAGUAUGGUUUUGCCACUGAGGGAAUUUUAGAAUGGUGAAGUAUAUGUGUAUGAUUCCCCUGUGUUUUCCAGUUUGUAUUACAACAAACUGUGUCUAUAUCCAACCCUCUUUUUCUCUUGUAGAAUAUACUAAUCUGUGCCAACUCUUACCUUCUCUCAUGUAUCUCUGCUCACACCCUUUUCUGAAGAGGUAAUAACUAGUUUUAUACACUCUUGAGGAUUAAUUAUGUGAAUAAGACAUUUUUCAUUUGUGAAUUGCUGUACUGUUAUGGUACCUGCUUGUGUCUGGACUAUAGUGCACUUAUUUUGUUUUUGUUCGUUUUUUAUUAGUCAUAUUAUUUUGGUAGACCCAUGUGUUAAUUUAAUAGAUUUUUUUCCGUUGGUAUGUUUGUUUGUUUUAAUUAUUAUUUUGUGUUUAUUGCAGCAGCAUUUUGGUCCACACGUGUUAGAGGAUUGACGCCUAACAUCCCAGUAACCUAUUUAACAAUUGGUGCGUCCAUAAAAGUAGUACGGUAUACUUGAAACUGUUAAAGUAUAAGUCGGUCAAAAUGUUGAUCUUUUUUAACAAAAGGUAUGAAUAUUUGCAUUCGGAAAUAUGCUGCUUUAAAAAGGGUGACUACAGCAUGUAUUUCAUAUAACGAAACGUUUUCCACAGUGCUUGUAGGACUGAUAACAGUGUUAAACCUAUACACGGCCAUUUGGUGCAUAGCUCUUCGUCCUCGCAUACAUUUUCCGGACACUUCAGUUGAUAAAUCAUGAAAAGUCAACACUAAUUCUUCAGUUUAUUUUAGACGUUUAUGCAUUACGAAGUAUUACCUUAUAACAAAAUGUUGCUGCUACUGUGUAAUGUUAUUUUUGCUCGCCAUAAAUCCUCCAACAGACUGAAUACUGACCCAUGGAUCGCUUUGCUAUGCUGUUUUCAUUCUAUGUUCAUUUUGUUUUGGUCUUCUUUUAUUUGCAGUGGAACUUAAAGAAUGUGAAAGCUGUCAAAGGGUGUUACAUUUUUACGAAUCACUUUCUAGUUUGGUAAGAUAAACCAAUGUGAUUCAUUCCAAAGUAACAAGAGGCUAUUUGUAUGAAAGGAAAAGGCUUGUGAACAAAGAGAGCUAAGCUGUUGUACAUAUUCGUAGUUGGCUGUGCAUGGUACAAAUUUAUUAAUAUGAAGAAAUGCAAAACUGUAUUGCUUUUGGUAUUUCCUAUUCUGAGAUGAACAAGUAGCAUGUAAUGCAACUGUUUGACAGGUUAAAAUCAAAUCAUGCUUAGUUAUUGUUUCAAACGAUGAAAUCCAGUAACAUUUCCUCUUGCGUUUUAUUAUAGUACAGGUGUUUUUGUUUUUCCGUUCAAAGUUUAAAUGCAAAAUGUCUCCGUUUUUUAUUCUCUUUUUUUUGUGUGAAACUUUUUAAAUGUUCUGAUUUGGAUUUUUAGUAUUUUAACAUUUACUUUGAUCCUGAAGACACUUUUACGAUUGUGUUUCAUAAGAGACGUCCUGGCCUCCGUAUAGGUGCAAUCCUGCCAUUGUACAAACACCAACGACUGUCCUGAUCCCAAAGGCUUUCCCAACCUGGCUUCUUGCCUUUCCCCUCAAUGUGGCUAAAGCAUUGCCAGACUGAACUGUCAGCUAGCAUCACGUGCUAAGAUGUUAGCAGCAAACACAAUGCUUCCCACACUAAAGGACUGGUAAAAGCUAACAAACCAACAACCAAAAGGAUGGUACGAUAACAUAACGAACUGUACAUAAAUGUUGCAACUGCACAGCAGCCAAAAAGAAAGAAAGAAUAAAAAAAAACCUGUUUCAAACGGAUGAAUUGUGUCACGCUAAAGAAAGGACAGCCUUCAAAAGGUUGAUAUUGGGAUUGUUUUCUUCUGGGUGUCAAAAGGGAAUUUCACGGCGCAGUCAUAUCCUACACAAUAUGUAUUCUGUCCUGGUUACAUAGGAAAUGCAUCCUGAGGGUUUACUAAGAAGAAGCCCCUAUGGCUAAAACUUUAAAUAAACUAAACCAAAAAUGUUAUUGAUGUUUUAUAUAUAGAGAGUAGUCUCAUUAGUUUUUGUUACUGUAAUGUUUGAGGUCUCAACUGUACCGUUACACCGGUAAUAACAUGGUUUUGAAACUUUUAUUUUUUAUUUUUGUCACAGACCUGUUGUCAUAGUUGAAAUGACGUUUAUUGUAGAUGGUAUUUGAACAACUUCUGGAAAUAGUUCAUCAAGUAUGUUUGUUGCUCAUUGUUGUGAUACAUUAAAAACUGUAUCUGCAAACCA